AUGUUUGUUGCUGAUUAUGUUCUUACAGAACCAAUAAAUUCAUCACCAUGUGAAGUAAAAUAUAGUUUUGUUAAUCUGGUUAUUGAACGAUUUGCUAAAAAUGAAUUAUCAAUUGAUAUUAAUGAUCUUGUGAAAAUUUUUACCCAAACUCUCGAUAGAUCAAGAAUCGAUGAAUGGAAUUUAAAUUUUCUUCAAACAAUUUAUCAAAAAUUCAAAAUUGGUACCCAGUUAUGUUUAAUACCAUUGAAAACUAAUUUAAUCGAACAAAUUCUUCAAAGUUUACUUAAGAAAACAUUUGUUUUCAAUUCAGAAGAAAAUUAUGAUAAAUGGAAACAAUUUUUAACUCAAUGUAUAUUUUCAAAUUCAAUAAAUGAUGAUAAUAUUUUAAAUAAUCAAAAUAUUGUAGCAAAUUUCAAACAAUUUUAUCAACAUGCAGUUCAACUAUCUCAUCAAUCACCCAUAUGGUUACAAAUUGCAACAAUAUCGUCGGAUUCUAUAAGACUAUUGAUUCAAUCCUAUAAAAACAAUAUUGAGCUGAUCAGAUCAAGUUAUUUACAAUUAGUAAGAAUGAUUGAAUGUUUAGUUUUAGCGAAUAGAUAUGAUGAUGCUUGUUUAUUAUCUACUAAAUUAAUAAUUCCAAAUUUAUGUUCAAUUAAUUUAGAAAUUUUAUUACAUAGAAUAAUCGAAUUUUGUCCAAAAGUUGAAAAUCGAGAUUUAUUUUGCUCAGAAAUUCUUUCACCUUUUGUUUGGGAAUUAGCGGAUUUACAAGUUAAGAAAAGUUUUGCACUGGUCUAUUUCGAUUUAAUUGUAGCUAUUUUAAAAUUAUAUAUUGAUAAAGCACCUGAUUUAUGUUGUCGUCUAUUAAAACGAAAAGAUUUUUAUCCUUGGGAACAAAUAACAAAUGGUUUAAGUGAUUUAACAAAAAUUUGUAUUUCUUAUGAUACUAUUGUUAACGAAAAAGUGUUUAGUGACUUAAAUCAAUUAGAAGAUAUUCUUUGUAUAAUAUCUACAAAAGCAGAAGUUUAUCCAACUAUCAUUAAAAGGCUUCAUUCAAUUGCUCUUGAAGCUACUCUUCGAUGGUCAAAUCCUGAAAUUAGUUGGAGUAAUCAUGUUUAUCGAAUGGGAAUAUAUAUAGUUAAAUUAAUAGAUUCAGAGCAAAUCAAUGAUGAUAUAUAUAUAAAAUUUAUUAAUGCAUUACAAAAUCGAAUAAAUUGUGAAAAUGAAGAAUUAAAUAAAAAAAAUCGUUCCUUUUUUACUAAUUUAUCAAAUCAGCUUGGUGAUUUUAUCCAACGACUAAAGAGACUUUCACAUAAUGUUCAUUCGAAAAUAGCUUCUCUCUUUUUAUCUAUACUCAACUAUCCAUUUUAUGAUGAAGAUCACAAUAUGACAUUUCAAUAUACUGUUCUAGUAUGUCUUUUAUUUCGAGUAGCAUCAGUGAUUUAUAAUGAAAAUGAUGCUCGUCUCUAUGAACCAUUUCUUGAUGAAAUGUAUAUGAAUGUUAAAAGUGAUAAUAAAACGAUACUGUGUCAAUGGUGGAUUGGAUUUUGGCUUACUAUUGUUCAUCGACGUCAAGAUUUGAUUACAUUAGAUUCAAAUUUAUUAAUUAAUGAAUUAGAUUCAAUAAGAAUCAAACAAGCUCAAAAUGAUAUACAACAAAUCGAAUUAUGUAUUGAUAAAAAAAAUAUGAAAAGUAAAGAAAAAAAAGAAAUUAUUCCAUCAUGGACUUCAAAAGUAACUAAAUUAUUAAAUCAACGUGCUGAUAAUGAUUGGUAUUUACUUGCUAAACAUCUUGGAUUUUCAUCGAGUAAAAUAAAACAUUGGACAAUAGAGACAGAUCCUUGUAUGGCUUUACUAAAUGAAUGGUUUACUAUACAUACAAUAGAUGAAGCUAUCUGUAGACUAAUUAAAGCACUUGAGGAAAUAAAUCGAUAUGAUGUAGUGCAAAUUAUUCGUCAAGAAGUAUUAACAAUAGAACAUAUUACUCCAAAUGAUCUUUCUAUUCAAUCGAAACAUCAACCACCAAUUUAUCUUUCAUAUCAUUCAAGUAAACAAACUCUAGUAACUAAAUUAAAAGAUCAUUUAGAAAAAGCUGGUUACAGUUGUCAAAUGUAUGAUGAAGAAAUUAACAUUAAUAUUGUAGAAACUGAUAUUCGUAGAGCAAAAAUAGUUAUCUGUUGUAUCAAUACACUCUAUAUACAAUCAAAAAUAUGUUCAAAAACAUGUCAAUUAGUUCUAAAUAUGAAAAAGCCAUUUAUUCUUUUAUGUAUGAAAGAAUUAAUAUGGUUACCAUUAGAAGAUAUAUUUAAAUCUAUUCUUGAUGAUUAUUCUUCGAUUGAAUUUUAUGAUAAUGAAAACAAUGAAGAAUGGUCUGAAAAUAAAUUUAUUGAAUUACUUGGUCAAAUUCGUUAUUAUUUAGCACCUGAUCAUGAUAUGAUUAGUGAAGAAUAUCGUCAUUGGUUUGUACCUCGUUUAGAUAAUCUUAUUUUUUUAAAAUCAUUUAAUUUGCAUGCUAAAAAUAAUUUCAUAUUAUUUAAUAAUAUUCCAUUAGUAGUUUAUCAACCACAAAUAAUUAUUUCUUAUGAAUGGAAUUGCCAAAAAGAUGUUAUUAAUCUUUAUAAACAAUUAGCACAAUUAAGAUAUCGAAUUUGGCUUGAUAUAUUUCAAAUGGAAGGUGAAGAUACAUUAAUAGAAAAGUAUAAUAUUGCAAUUCAUCAAGCAUUAUGUUUACUUGUUUGUAUUACACCUAAAUAUAUGAAAUCAAUUAAUUGUCAAAAUGAAAUAACUCUAGCUAAUACUCUAAAUAAACCUAUUAUACCAUUAUUAUUAGAAGAAACGAAUUCAUGGCCACCGAAAUAUUAUGUAUUAUCAUUAUUUACUGAAAAAUCAUAUAUUGAUUUUCGACAUUCAAAUAAAUAUGAUAGAUGGACAGGAAAACAAUUUGAAAUAUUACUUACUUAUCUAAAACAAAUCAUACCUCAAGUAAAUACUGAUAAAUCACGAUAUUUAUUAGAAAUGCAAAGACCUAUUUCUGCUUUGCCAAAUACUCAUAAUAAUAAUAUUGAUGAAAGACCUAAACGUAUAUCAAGUGCACCAAGUAUUUCAAAUAGUCGCACAUGUUCUCUAAUGUAA